GGAUAUCGUGUAUGAGACUGGAUUAAUUUUCUGAUACUUGAAUAGAUGGCACCACGUUUAACAUAUUUGGUUUCCCUCUAUGGAAUUACACAUAUACAUAGGAAUAUUUUUAAAUCAAUAGUUUUCGCUAAAUUGAACAUAGAAAUGCAGUCCAUGAAACAGUGUGUACAACGAUUUAUGACAAAUAACGUAUUUAUUGCAAAUAAUUUGAAUCGUUUAUCUACUAUACAAAGAUCAUAUUACGGAUAUAGAGAUGAACCUGAACGUCCAAGCUUUCUUAAGUACAACAAAACCAUCUUUCCACCACAAAAACCUGGUGAAGAGAAGAGACCUGGUUAUGUGUGUCACAUGAAAAAGAAUAUAAAAUACAGUCCAUUAAGCAUGUGGUAUAUUUCUUCUUUUGUAAGAGGUAUGACUGUGGAUGAGGCUGUUAAACAAUUAAGUUUUCUGAAAAAGAAAGGUGCAGCGAUAGCAAAAGAAGUUAUAUUAGAAGCACAACGCAUGGCUGUGGAGGAACAUAACAUUGAAUUUAAGAGUAACUUGUGGGUUGCUGAAUCUUUUGCAACAAAAGGUAUAGUAAUAAAAGGUAUAAGACGCCAUGCUAGAGCCAGAGUUGGAACAGUACAUUAUAGAUAUUGCAAUUACUUUGUACGGUUGGAAGAAGGAAAACCACCGAAACACUAUUAUCAGAAUCCACCUAAAAGUGGUGAAGAAUUAUUACAAGAAUGGAUGACUAAUAUGCAUCACCGUAAAAUCGUCCAUACAUUGUAAUUCAUUACGUAUAAACUUACCCAUGUACAAAUAAACAAUUCUGUAAUCAUA